UUAAUUUGUCGUCUAUCGAAAAAAUUUUGAUUUUGGCUAUAAAUGAAACGUAUGUAUGCGACAGUUUGGAAAUUAGUCUGAAAGAAAACGAUACAGUAGCAAUAAUUCCACCAAUAAGCGGAGGUUGAAAAAUGGGAAUUGAAGUUAAAGUUACCGAUUCCGAAUUGGAUACAAAUUCAAUUAUAAAAUCAGUCGGUAAUGUAGAAUGUGGAGCUGUAUCAGUUUUUAUCGGAACGACUAGAGAACAUUUCAACGGUAGAAGGGUUAAGACUCUUUAUUACGAAGCAUACGAGACAAUGGCUUUGAAACAAAUGCGGUCCAUUUCGAUAGCAGCGACAAAAAAUUGGCCAGAAGUUAUGAAUAUAGUCAUACAUCACAGGCUUGGAGAAGUUAAAGUCGGCGAAGUAGGAUUAGUGAUUGCGGUUUCAUCGCCUCACCGCCAGCAAGCACAAGAAGUCGUGACGUAUUUACUUGAUCAAGUCAAAACUUCAGUGCCAAUUUUCAAAAAAGAACUGUACAUAGAUGGCAGCGGCCAAUGGAAAGCUAACGUCGAGUGUACUUGGAAAGAAAAAUAUUAAUGAAAAUAAAUAUGUUUCCUUAUUACUAGAUAUUAAGGAUAUCUACGUACAACAUAACAACUAUCCAAAUUGUAUCGCGUACUUGACAAUAUACUACUACAAGUGUAUAAAGAUACAUCUUCACUAGACGUUUUAAUUUAUCUUUGUAAAAAAUUGCAGACUGUUUACAUGAAAUAAAUUAAGUAU